AUGAACAAUACCGAAAGAGACUGUUUCUUCUUUGAAGAUCAGCUUCACUUUGAUAGCACGGAAGAAGUCUUCAUUACAAAUAUUGUAACAUGUAUGCUCAACUCUUUCUUUUCUUUGCUUACAUGCAUAGGAAACUUUAUUGUUGUAUUUGUGAUUGGAAAAACCCGAGAUCUUCAUUCGCCAUCGUUCAUCCUUUUGGGUUGUCUUGCGGUUUCAGACCUUCUGGUUGGCCUUUUAUGUCAACCGCUUUUUGUGGGGUAUAAAAUAGCGGAACUUGAGAGGAAUUUCGCUGUGUUUUGUACUUUAAGCGUGGUUCAGUCUCUGUCAGGUUGGACAACGGGUGGCGUUUCUUUUCUCAUCUUAGCUGCAGUGUCAGUUGACCGACUUUUAGCACUAACUCUUCAUCUACGAUACAACACGAUUGUCACCGUUCCUCGCGUGUUUCAAGCAACUGUUGCUUUGUGGAUCUUUGCUACAGUGACCGUUUUACCGAGGUUUUGGAUGGCAAACAAAUGGUAUUUUAUCCCGAUAGCAGUAUGGUUUCUUACAUUCUUUGUCAUUAUGAUAAGUAUCUGGAAAAUAUUCCGAAUUGUUCGAAAGCACCAACAGCAAAUAAAGGACCAAACUAUAGCUGUCAGCCAUCUUCCCGCCUUCAAAGUAAACAUAUUCAAGUGCAGAAAAUCAGCUGUGACAGUACUUUAUAUCUAUGGUUUGUUGUUAAUUUUUUAUCUUCCUGUCAUGGUAUCGUUGAUGAUGAAAACAUUUAUCGGAUAUACGAGAACGGUAAUGAUUGUAGAUGAGUAUGCUGCAACGGCUGUUUUCAUCAACUCUUGUUUGAAUCCAGUUGUGUACUGCUGGAGAAUCAGCGAGAUACGACGCGGAGUGAAAAAUUUUAUAAGGAGAUCAUCCAGAGAAUAA